UUAUCACCUCACCGGGAACGUAGCACACGCACCGCCUGGUAUCAUCUCUCUCUCACGCGGUCGCCUGCCCGGAACGUAUUCUGCGAACGUGCGUGCGUGUGCCCCCCGCCCCCGCCGGUGGAGCUGUCUACUGGACGGUGGUCGGUUUCUGUGCCGUUUUGUCCGUUGGUGCCAUUUGGGGCCAUUUGGCAUUUAAUCGCGACCGGUGGCCCGUGGGAGGUACGUGGACGUCUCGGCGAUAUAUUUUUUUCUCGUGUCGCCGUCUCGUCUUUCACACGCUUGCACGUCCUGUCGCCGCCCACUCCGACUAAAAGACUGAUCGUACGAAAAACGAAAACCGCAGAAAACGCCACUCAGGACCAUCAGGAACCAUGGAAAAGGGUGACAAGAAAAACAACGAUUGUUACUUUUACUACUAUUCGACUUGCAUGAAGGGAGACAAAUGCCCAUUUCGCCAUGAACCACAAGCAUUAGGAUGUGAAAUGGUAUGUAGUUUUUGGCAAAACGGGAAGUGUGAAAAUGAUCAUUGUACAUUACGCCACAUGGAAUUGAAGAAAAACCGAAAAGCAAUACCAUGUUAUUGGGAAAAACAACCAACUGGAUGUCGUAAGCCAUAUUGUGCGUUUUUACAUACCAAAACCCGAGAUCCAUCUCAAGAUGCAGGGGCUAUUGCAAUCGCAGCUAACACCAUGGCUAUUGAAAAUAGUUUUCGCAUAAACCCAAUGGCUGGUGUCGCACUUACUGCUGGUCCUGAAGCUGCAUUGCGACAACGUUAUGACCAGCCAUUACGAAUGAAUUGACAACCAAUGAACGCAAGUACGGCAUCUACUGUUUAUGGCAGUUCUGUCGUCACACUGCCAUACGUAUUCAACAAUAAUCAAUCCACUGCUGCCAUGUUUCUUGAUCAUUGCAACUUUAAUGCGUUUAUAUAAAGUUCAAUAAUGGUAUUGAAAACACAUUCUCAGUUCUGAAGAAUUUAAAAAAAAUACCUUAUCCUAGAAAUUUUCAUAUUCUUGGUUAGGUACAAGGCAGAACUGUUUCACUCAAAAAAUGCAAUAUUCAACAACUUAAGGCCGAAGCUUGUUUAUUUAUUUAUCUUUGUUUUUCUAUCUGAACAUUUUAUUUUUAUUUUAAACUAUUGUUAUUAUUUAUUUUAUUUUUAAGUAAUUUUUAAUGAACAUCAUGUUUUUUCUGCACUGUAGUUCAUAAUAUAAAAAACGUGUUGCAUAAUUCUACGUUUAUUCAGCUCAAUUUCUAUUAAUCUGGUUACAUUCUAAAUGCU